UAAUACAUCCGUUGUUUUGCCAGUAGAACAACCCAUUUGCAAUCUUACGGUAUCUUCAAUUGUGUCACACGCGCCUUGGCUUCCUUUUGUGGCGCCGGGGCUGCGAGAGGAGGAGGUAGAGUUUUAAACAAUAGAGCGCAAAAUACAGCCCUGCUCCUUGGAGCUUGUAACAAGGACGGGAACCUACGACUGGAAAGCGAACAGCUGUGACAAAGAACUCAAGAACAUGAAGAAGCUCGUGCACUGAUUUGGUUAUAGUAAUCACUGGAUAUAUUUUGCGCUACAUUGUCUCUGACAUCCUCCAGGAGAAAACAUGAAUUCAGCUGAAGGAGCCGAGGAGGGUCCAAAUGAUUCCGAUACAGAUGCGUUUUUCAAAACCGGGUCCUUCAGGAAUGAUGGGAUUAAGGCAUCUGAUGUCCUGCCUGUGCUGAAAGAGAAAGUGGCCUUUGUGUCAGGAGGUCGUGAUAAGAGAGGUGGCCCCAUACUGACCUUCCCUGCCAGAAGCAACCAUGACAGAAUAAAACACGAGGAACUGCGGCGGCUGGUGACCUAUCUCUCCACUGUGCCCAGUGAGGAUGUGUGCAAGCGGGGCUUCACAGUGAUCAUUGAUAUGCGUGGUUCCAAGUGGGACCUGAUCAAGCCUCUACUGAAGACCCUGCAGGAAGCCUUCUCUGCUGAGAUCUGCGUGGCGCUCAUCAUCAAACCGGACAACUUCUGGCAGAAGCAGAAAACCAACUUUGGCAGUGCCAAGUUCACUUUUGAGACUAGCAUGGUGUCAGUGGAGGGCCUGACUAAGUUGGUGGACCCGUCCCAGCUGACAGACGACUUUGAGGGCUCUUUGGAGUACAACCACGAGGAGUGGAUGGAUCUUCGCGUGGCCCUGGAGGAGUUCAUGGGCUCGGCCGUGCACCUCCUCUCCCGCCUGGAGGACCUCCAGGAGCUGCUGGCCAAGAAGGAGUUCCCGGUGGACGUGGAGGGCUCCCGGCGGCUCAUCGACGAGCACACGCAGCUCAAGAAGAAGGUGAUGAAGGCUCCCGUGGAGGAGCUGGACAGGGAGGGCCAGAGGCUGCUUCAGUGUAUCCGAUCUAGCGACGGGUUUUCUGGGAGGAACUGCAUCUCGGGUAGCGCUGACUUCCAGAGCGUGGUGCCUAAGAUCGCCAGCCUGCUGGACAAGCUGCACUCCACCAGACAGCACCUGCACCAGAUGUGGCACGUCCGCAAGCUCAAGCUGGACCAGUGUUUCCAGCUCCGCCUCUUUGAGCAGGACGCAGAGAAGAUGUUUGACUGGAUCAGUCACAAUAAGGAAGUGUUCCUGCAGAGCCACACAGAGAUCGGAGUCAGCUACCAACACGCCGUGGACCUCCAGACGCAGCACAAUCACUUUGCCAUGAAUUCUAUGAAUGCCUAUGUGAACAUCAACCGGAUCAUGUCGGUGGCGUCGCGGCUGUCGGAGGCGGGCCACUACGCCUCGCAGCAGAUCAAACAGAUCUCGGCCCAGCUGGACCAGGAGUGGAAGAGCUUUGCCGCCGCCCUGGAUGAACGCAGCACCAUCCUGGCCAUGUCGGCCGUCUUCCACCAGAAGUCGGAACAGUUCCUGGCUGGGGUGGAGGCCUGGUGUAAGAUGUGUAGUGAGGGGGGACUGCCCUCGGAUAUGCAGGACCUGGAGCUGGCCAUCCACCACCACCAGACCCUCUACGAACAAGUGACCCAGGCCUACACCGAGGUCAGUCAGGAUGGCAAGGCACUGCUGGAUGUCCUCCAGAGACCAUUGAGCCCGGGGAACUCGGAGUCUCUGACGGCCACAGCCAACUACUCCAAGGCGGUCCACUGUAUCUUGGACGUGGUCCACGAGGUCCUGCACCAUCAGAGACGCCUGGAGAGCAUCUGGCAGCACCGCAAGGUCCGCCUGCACCAGAGGCUACAGCUCUGUGUGUUCCAACAGGACGUUCAACAGGUGAUGGACUGGAUAGAGAACCACGGGGAGGCAUUCCUCAGCAAACACACGGGCGUGGGCAAGUCCCUCCACCGCGCCAGGGCACUGCAGAAACGGCACGACGACUUUGAGGAGGUGGCACAGAACACUUACACCAACGCAGACAAACUCCUGGAGGCAGCAGAGCAGCUGGCCCAGACUGGGGAAUGUGACCCGGAGGAGAUCUACAAAGCAGCACGGCACCUGGAGGUCAGGAUCCAAGACUUUGUCCGGCGGGUGGAGCAGAGGAAACUGCUGCUGGACAUGUCGGUCUCCUUCCACACCCACACCAAAGAGUUGUGGACAUGGAUGGAGGAUCUCCAGAAGGAGCUGUUGGAGGAGGUGUGUUCAGACUCGGUGGAGUCGGUCCAGGAGCUCAUCAAGCAGUUCCAGCAGCAGCAGACGGCCACGCUGGAGGCUACGCUCAACGUCAUCAAGGAGGGAGAGGACCUCAUCCAGCAGCUCAGGGACGCUGCCAUGUCCACCAACAAGAUGCCCCACAACAGCUCCAUCGCCCACAUCGAGAGUGUCCUGCAGCAGCUGGACGAGGCCCAGGGCCAGAUGGAGGAGCUGUUCCAUGAGAGGAAGAUCAAGCUGGACAUCUUCCUGCAGCUACGCAUUUUUGAGCAGUACACCAUCGAGGUGACGGCGGAGCUGGACUCGUGGAACGAGGACCUGCUGCGCCAGGUGAACGACUUCAACUCGGAGGACCUGAACCUGGCCGAGCAGCGGCUGCAGCGCCACACGGAGCGCAAGCUGGCCAUGAACAACAUGACCUUCGAGGUGAUGCAGCAGGGACAGGACCUGCACCAGUACAUCAUGGAAGUCCAGGCCUCAGGCAUUGAGCUGACUGGGGAAAAAGAGGUGGAUCUGGCCACUCAGGUCCAGGAGCUGCUGGAGUUCCUCCAUGAGAAGCAGCAUGAGCUGGACGUCAGCGCUGACCAGACCCAGAAGAGACUGCAGGAGUGUCUGCAGCUCCGACACCUGCAGUCAGAGGUCAAACAGGUCCUGGGCUGGAUCCGGAAUGGGGAUUCCAUGCUGAAUGCCAGCAUGGUGAAUGCCAGCUCGCUGUCAGAGGCAGAGCAACUCCAGAGGGAGCAUGAACAGUUCCAGCUGGCCAUCGAGUCCCUGUUUCAUGCCAAUUCCCUCCAGAAGACCCACCAGAGUGCCCUGCAGGUGCAGCAGAAGGCUGAGGUCAUGCUCCAGGCGGGCCACUUUGACCCGGACGGCAUACGGGCCUGCGCCGAGAAGGUGGCCAUGCACUGGCAGCAGCUCAUGCUCAAGAUGGAGGAUCGACUCAAGCUGGUCAACGCUUCUGUGGCCUUCUACAAGACCUCAGAGCAGGUAUGCAGUGUGCUGGAGAGUCUGGAGCAAGAGUACAGGCGAGAUGAGGACUGGUGUGGUGGCCAUGACAAGCUGGGAGCCAUGGCUGAGACGGACCAUGUCAUCCCCCUCAUCAGCAAACACCUGGAGCAGAAGGAAGCCUUCCUCAAGGCUUGCACACUGGCCAGGAGAAAUGCUGAGGUGUUCCUGAAGUACAUCCACAGGAAUAAUGUGGGUAUACCUGGUGCGUCAGGCCAUGCCAGAGGACCUGAGCAGCAGGUUAAAGCCAUCCUCAACGAGCUACUCCAGAGGGAGAACCGGGUUCUGCACUUUUGGACCAUGAAGAAACGCCGGCUGGAUCAGUGCCAGCAGUACGUGGUGUUUGAACGCAGCGCCAAACAGGCUUUAGACUGGAUCCAGGAAACAGGAGAGUAUUACCUCUCCACUCACACCUCCCCUGGAGAGAGCGGCGAGAGGAGUCAGGAACUACUGAAGGAGUAUGAGGAAUUCCGAGUCUCCGCCAAGCAAACCAAGGAGAAGGUGAAGCUCCUCAUUCAGUUGGCAGACAGCUUCGUCGAGAAGGGACAUGUGCACGUCAUUGAGCUGAAGAAGUGGGUCACCACAGUGGACAAGCGCUACCGAGACUUUUCCCUCCGGAUGGGGAAGUAUCGCUCCAGCCUGGAGAAAUCACUGGGCAUCAGCUCUGAGGAUAAUAAGGACUUGGAGCUGGACAUCAUCCCAGCCAGCCUGACUGAUCCUGGGGAGGUGAAGCUCCGCGACCCCAACCACGAGGUCAACGAGGAGAAGAGGAAGUCAGCCAGGAAGAAAGAGUUCAUAAUGGCUGAACUCCUUCAGACUGAGAAGGCCUAUGUCAGGGACUUGCAUGAAUGUUUAGAGGCGUACCUGUGGGAGAUGACGAGUGGGGUGGAGGAGAUCCCGCCUGGCAUCGUCAACAAGGAGCACAUCAUCUUCGGCAACAUCCAGGAGAUUUAUGACUUCCAUAACAGCAUUUUCCUCAAAGAGCUAGUGAACUAUGAACAGCUACCUGAAGAUGUGGGCCAUUGUUUUGUCACAUGGGCUGAUAAAUUCCACAUGUAUGUAAAUUACUGUAAAAACAAACCAGAUUCCAGCCAACUCAUAUUGGAGCAUGCUGGAAGCUUCUUCGAUGAAAUCCAGCAGCGACACGGAUUGGCCAACUCACUCUCCUCCUACCUUAUCAAGCCAGUGCAGAGGAUCACUAAGUAUCAGCUUCUCCUCAAGGAGCUGCUGACCUGCUGUGAGGAGGGGAAGGGGGAGAUUAAGGACGGCCUGGAGGUGAUGCUUAGUGUCCCCAAGAGGGCCAACGACGCCAUGCACGUCGCCAUGCUGGAAGGUUUCGAUGAGAAUCUGGACGUGCAGGGAGAGCUGUUCAUACAGGACACGUUCCAGGUGUGGGAUCCCAAGUCUCUGAUCCGGAAGGGCCGGGAUCGCCAUCUCUUCCUGUUCGAGAUCUCCCUGGUGUUCAGCAAGGAGAUCAAGGACUCGGCCGGCCGCACCAAAUAUGCCUUCAAGAACAAACUGCUGACAUCAGAACUGGGCGUGACAGAGCACAUUGAAGGGGACCCCUGUAAGUUUGCCCUGUGGGCUGGAAGGACCCCCUCAUCUGAUAACAAGACUGUCCUCAAGGCGUCCAGCAUUGAAGCAAAGCAGGAAUGGAUCAAGAACAUCCGGGAGGUGAUCCAGGAGAGGAUCAUCCACCUCAAGGGGGCGCUGAAGGAGCCCAUCCACAUGCCCAAAACCCCUGCCAAGCCACGCAACAACAGCAAAAGGGAUGCUGGUGAGGAUAUCGACAGCCAGGGUGACGGCAGCAGCCAGCCAGACACCGUCUCCAUCGCCUCCAGGACCUCCCAGAACACUGUGGACAGUGAUAAGCUCUCCGGGGGCUGUGAGUUGACGGUGGUGUUGCAGGACUUCACAGCAGGUUGUUCCAGCGAGCUCAGCCUUCAGACGGGUCAGACGGUGGAGUUGCUGGAGAGGCCCAGUGACCGCCCCGGCUGGUGUCUGGUGCGGACCACCGACCGUAGCCCCCCUCAGGAGGGCCUGGUGCCCAGCUCGGCCCUCUGUAUCUCCCACUCCCGCAGCAGCGUGGAGAUGGAGUGCUUCUUCCCCACAGGGAAAGAGAACUACUCGGUCAGUGGGACCGAGGGAGCGAAGACCGAGUCGGUGGCCAGCCUGCAGCCCCAAGCAUCCCAGAGCUCCAUCCAUUCAAGCUCUCCGGGACCGAAGCGCUCUGGGAACACCCUGAAGAAGUGGCUGACCAGCCCUGUGCGCCGCCUCAGCCACGGCAGCAGCAUCAAGAAGUUACCCAACAAGCACAAGAAGAGGGAUGGCCGCAAGAGCAUCGACCUGGGGCCGCCCGAGAGCACACUGCACGGCGAGAGCGUAGACGAGAGGGGCAGAAAGGAGGGCCCCCUGUCCAAGCCCUCCUCUGGAAUGCAGAGCGGAGGAGAGGAGGAGCCCGAGGAUGACUCUCACACCCCCCUGCCGCCCCCCAUGGAGAUCAUCAAGGACCCCUCGUCCCAGGAGGAGAAGUCCUCCGCAUUGCAUACUGCGCGUCAGGGCUCCGCCGAUGUCCCCAGUGCUGCGGAUCUUGUCAGUGCAAUAGAAAAGUUGGUCCAAACUAAGAUGAAUCUGGAGCCAGGUGUCUAUCCCAGCUUCACCAAUUUGACUCCUCCAGAACAGACCAGCCCAGCCCUGCCCAGGAACCCUGAACUGGAGCAGAAGGCCAAAGCUCUGCGUGGACGCAUGUUUGUCCUCAAUGAGCUGGUACAGACGGAGAAGGACUAUGUCAAGGAUUUGGGCAUUGUAGUGGAGGAGUUCAUGAAGAAGAUGGAGGAGAAGGGAGUACCUGAAGAUAUGAAAGGAAAAGACAAAAUGGUUUUUGGGAAUAUUCACCAGAUCUACGACUGGCACAGAGAUUUUUUUGUCGGUGAGCUGGAGAAAUGUCUUGAAGACAACGAGCACCUUCCUGAGCUUUUCAUAAAACAUGAGAGGCGACUACACAUGUAUGUGGUUUACUGCCAGAACAAGCCCAAGUCUGAAUUUAUCGUCGCUGAGUACGACACAUUUUUCGAGGGCCUACAGCAAGAGAUCAGUUCAAGACUGGGCAUAAGUGACUUUCUCAUAAAGCCAAUUCAGAGAAUCACCAAGUAUCAGCUACUUCUAAAGGACUUCUUGAAGUAUAGUUCCAAAGCAGGACUAGAUUGCCAAGAGUUGGAGAAAGCAGUUGGUUUAAUGUCCCAGGUCCCCAAGCUGUGCAAUGACAUGAUGAAUCUUGGCAGACUACAAGGCUAUGAGGGUAAGCUGACCAGCCAGGGUAAGCUGCUGCAGCAGGAAACAUUCUUCGUGACAGAGCAGGAUACGGGCGUUCUGUCGCGCAGCAAGGAGCGCAGGGUCUUCCUGUUUGAGCAGAUCGUCAUCUUCAGCGAGCUCCUCCGCAAGGGCUCAUCCACGCCGGGCUACCAGUUCAAGAAGAGCAUCAAGGUGAGCUACCUGGGCUUGGAGGAGCAUGUGGAAAAUGACCCGUGUAAGUUUGUGCUGUCGUGUCGAGGGUCGGCCGAGCGCUUCACCCUGCAGGCAGCCAACCUGGACAUCAAGCAGGUGUGGGUCCAACAUGUCAGCCAGGUCCUUGAUGCCCAGAGCAACUUCCUGUCUGCCCUGCAGUCUCCUAUUGAGUACCAGAAGGAGAAGGGUAGUUCUCACUCCCUCACCAGAAACCCAUCGGGCAGCCGGCCCCCUAGUUGUAACAGUAGGCCCCUCUCCUCCUCCUCUGUGGGGGCAGAGAAGCCCCCCCUGGCGGGACCGGGACGGACCCCCACCCCUCUCGGGCUAUCUACCUCCAACGGUAGCCCCUGCUUCGACCCCACGAAACACAGCGAAAGCUACGAGUCCACCAGGCAGCAUGGCGGCGGAUGUAACGGCAUGUCCUCCACAAUGAUGGUGACACAGGACUACAGUGCACUGAAGGAGAAUGAGAUCUGUGUGAUCCAGGGCGAGAUGGUGCAGAUCAUGGCCACCAACCAGCAGAACAUGUACCUAGUUUACCGGUCUGCCAACAGCCAGUCUCCUGCAGCCGAGGGCUGGAUCCCAGGCCACAUCCUGGGACCCCUCACUAAAACGCUCAAAGACAGUGCUGCUGACGCAAGCAUCAAGAAAUCUCUUUCAUGGAAUACCCUGCGCUCGAGAAAGCGGACAGAAAAGGAUAUCAAUGGCAAGGGUGGUGACGCAAGGGUUGAGAAUGGACUCCGUAAGCCCAAGGAGAUUCUCAGCACCAAGGUCACUGUCGAAGAGUCAAACAGCUCAGAGGAGUCAGAUUGCGAUGAUGAACUCCCCAAAACUAGCAUGGAGAUAAUGAACCCCAAUUUUAUACAAGAAGUGGCUCCAGAAUUCCUGAUACCACUAGCUGAUGUGACAUGUGCAUUUGGGGAGACGGUGGUCUUGUGCUGUAAAGUGUGUGGACGUCCCAAACCCAACAUCACUCUGAAAGGACCCGAUCAGAGCCCGGUUGUCAACAACUGUCGGUUCACUAUCAACAUUAGGGAUACGGGUGACAUUCUGCUGAAGAUCUGUAACCUAAUGCCCCAGGACACUGGCAUCUACACCUGUAUGGCUGUCAACGACCAUGGCACUGCCUCCUCCUCUGCCUCUAUCAAAGUCCAAGGUAUCCCAACAGCACCUGCGAGGCCCGUGGCCCAGGAGGCCUGUAGCAAUGCGGUGACUGUCCACUGGCUCCCCCCUGCCAGCUCAGCUAGCUGUGCCGUGUCCAGCUACACAGUAGAGUACAGGCAGGAAGGCCUGGACUGUGAUCCAGCUCAUCUAGGUGAGUGUAUGGCGUGUUCUGGUUUGUCUGCUCUGCUACGCGCAGAUCCACCCGAUUGCGACGAUAGAGGGAGCCACCAACAUCCACCAGACUCCCUACUGUGGCAGCAGUCAGUGGUCUCUAUGGUAGAUGUGUGUGUUAAGAUUGAAGAUCUCAUCCCUGGGGGGCACUACCAGUUCCGGGUCAGUGCCAGUAACCCCUGGGGGGUCAGUCCACCCAGCGAGCCCUCCAACAUGGUGACCCUGCCCAGCGGGACUUCUACAUAUGAUGGAAUGGGCAUUCAGUGGAAAGACAACUUUGAAUCGAGUUUCACAGAAAUUUGUGAGAUUGGACGGGGUCGAUUCUCCAUAGUGAGAAAGUGUCUGAACAAGGCUAGCAAGAAGGAGGUGGCUGUGAAGUACAUCACUAAGAAGAUGCAAAAGAAGGAGCAGGUGGACCACGAGGCAGACAUCUUGAGCCACGUCCAGCAUCCUCAGCUGGUGGCUCUGACUGACACCUACGAGUCCCCCACCUCCCUCAUGUUGGUCUUCGAGCUGCUGGAGGGUGGGAGGCUGUUGGACUACCUGGUGGCCCAUGAUGAGCUGAUGGAGGAGAAGGUGGCCUUCUUUGUGAAGGACACCUUAGAGGCCUUGCAGCACCUCCACACCUGCAGAGUUGCCCAUCUAGACCUUAAGCCUGAGAACCUCCUGGUGGAUCUCCACGUGCCUGUUCCUUCUAUCAAGCUCAUAGAUUUUGGAGAUGCGGUCCAGGUGUCUCGCCACCGUUAUGUCCAUCUUCUCCUGGGCAACCCAGAGUUUGCGGCUCCUGAGCUGAUCCAGGGCACAGCGGUGUCCCUGAGCACUGACGUUUGGAGCGCCGGGGUCCUGGCCUACGUCAUGCUGAGCGGUGUCUCACCCUUCCUGGACGAGAGCCUGGAGGAGACGUGCGUCAAUAUCUGCAAGCUGGACUUCUGCUUCCCAGAGGACUACUUCCAGGGAGUGAGCCAGGCGGCCAGGGACUUCAUCAGCUCUACCCUGCUGCAGGACCCCCGGAAGAGGCCCAUUGCCACCGUCUGUCUUCAGCACCCCUGGGUGAGUGCCCACAGUGGAGACUACUCCAAGACCCCACUGGACACGGGUCGUCUGGCAUCCUUCAUCGACAGACGGAGACAACUACACGACGUGCGCCCUGUCACCAACAUCAAGGGACUGUUGACCAGCAGCAUGGGACACACCCUAUAAUUACCCCGUGAACAGCCAAUUAACACAAAGGUGAAACGAAAAACACUCUGUUAGUAGUACUCUGGGGGUGUAUUCACUAGGCAUUUAACAGAACCAAACCGAAGUAAACUGAACCAAACGGGGAUGGACCUACCUGAAUUUGUCCAAUAGAAACUUGUUUUCGUUGCUACUGUUUGGACUAAUUAUUACACCCCAGGACUCCGCCAUUGAAACAUGGUUUUCCAUCUCUGGAUACUAGAUAAUACCUGUAGCUUGUCAACAAACAUGUUGUGUGAAUAUCAUUACUGUGUUCAAGAUGCCAGAAGACAAGACAUUGGCAUUUGAUUGAUCGAGAUGUUUCAGAGCUAUAGUAUGAAGCCCUACCCCUCUUAUGGUGUCCAUGUAUUGGAAAUGCCAAAAUUGUAAUAUAUUAUCCUUGGAAAUGAUUAACUAACUAUCAGAGAAAGAUCUAUGAACGAUAAUAGAACUGUUGAAUGUAAUUUAUUGUAGAAUGUGGUCAGCCUUUGUAGAAGUGCUAUUGUCUGUGAAGAAAUAUUCAGCGUUGAUCCCUUAAGUGUGAAGAUAUAGUACGACGGUUAUUUUUCCAGCGGUGCGGUUUGAGAUAUGAAUGAAAGAAUCCAACACGAUUAACUUCUCACAUCA